UGCUGCCUGGCCUGCCACAAAAAGUGUCUGGAGAACCUGCUCGUCACCUGCGGCCACAAGAAGCUGCCCAACCGAGUACCUCUUUUCGGCAUUGACUUCACGCAGUUCCCUCGAGAUUUCCCGGAGGAAGUUCCUUUCAUAGUGGUGAAAUGCACCUCGGAAAUCGAAGCUCGUGCCCUCGGGGUGCAGGGGAUCUAUCGGAUAAGCGGAUCCAAAGCCCGGGUGGAAAAGCUGUGCCAGGCAUUUGAGAAUGGGUGGAGUCUGGUAGAGCUCUCGGAGCACUCCCCCCACGACAUCACCGGGGUCCUGAAGCAUUUCCUGAAGGAGCUUUCGGCACCGGUGAUGCUGUCCCAGCUCUACAACGAUCUCAUCGCGCUCGCCAAAGAUAUACAAAAACCCGGGGAAGAGAAGUUGGAUGGCUCAGGUUUCCCUUCAGAUCCCAUCCAGAGCAUGAAGGACUUGCUGAGCAAAUUGCCUGGAAGCAACUACAACACCCUGCGGCACCUUAUUGCCCACUUGUACAGGGUGGCAGAGAAAUACGAAGAGAACAAGAUGUCCCCAAACAACCUGGGCAUAGUAUUUGGGCCAACCCUGAUCCGGCCAGGCUCAGGGAACGACGUCUCAAUGUCGUGCCUUGUGGACUCCGGGUAUCAAGCCCAGAUUGUGGAGUUCCUCAUUCAGAACUACGAAAGGGUGUUUGGGAUGGAUGACCUGCCUUCAUCCUUAUCCCUCGGAUGUGAAAAUCCUUCGCAAGAAGCAUCGACGGAAAGGGACGAAGGACCUCAGAGCCCAAACACAGUCCCGAAUAUAACUCUAGAGAAUUCCUCCUCCAAGCGUGGUUCAAAUGCGGACCGUGCGCCUGGCAACCUGUCUUCCAGGGAAGCCAUCGACGAGCCGACUCCGGAGGGAGCCCACAGUCCAUCAGGCACGGAUGACCUAGAGACGAACACCAGCGCUGGCUCCGAGCCGGAGGACCCUGCGACGGGCAGCGAUUUGGACACGGUCCUCGGGACCCAGCCCAGGUGCCAUUUCAGCCGCCAACCCGUAAAAUACAUUCGGACGCCGGCUAAAACGAAGCCUGUCAUUCCCAAGUCUUCCAGUUUGCCUGUGAUGGCUACUGCGUUAGCCAAGGCGGCAACGGAAUCUGGUGCAGAAGGCGACCCCGCAGACAGCAGCUCCGUGAUGAAGGGCGCUCCGGAGGGGAGCGCUUGGGGCAGGAACAGCUCGGCCGACGCGGGCACGCUCCGGCAGCGCUCGGGAGGGAGGCAGCAGCUCAAACACUUUGAGAUCACCCAGGAAACUGCCAGGAUCGUCUCCAAGUUUAAAGUCGAUGACGAUUCCCCGGCCCCCGAGCCUUCGCUGGAGAGUGCGGGGGAUACCGAGGAGCUGAACACUGGGACAUACCUAUAG